AUGUUUUCUGCAACUGUGUCUUGCGAACUCUCUCCCGGAACCAGCGGGCCUAAAAAGCAAGGCAGGGCCUGGAAGCACAUUAGGCAACAAUUGCGGACUCGCUUAGACUCCGCCCCGGCUAUUCUUAUUGACUGCUCUUAUGAUGACUUGAUGAAGCAGGGAGAGAUCAAGUCUCGAAAUUCGCAGCUUAUUUUUUGCUACGCCACCUCAGUCAAAAAGGACGUGGAGCGCCCUCUGCGUCUUUCGGUGGUUGGAGCGACAGCUUCUUUGUCCGACUUCCUUCAAAAAGUCCAACUGGAGGGGUCCUGGUCUGCGGACAUCACCACCAGAUCCUUGGAAGACCUUAUUGAGACAGGAGAAUUAAGUGCCCAUAGGUUGGUUUACUUGACUGCAGAUGCUGAAGAAGAGAUUGAUACGUAUUACUCAGGAGACACUUACAUAAUCGGUGGUUUGGUGGAUCGAAACCGACACAAUGGGAUAGCUUUUCGUAAGGCACAGAAUAUUGGGAUACGCACAGCAAAGCUUCCGCUGCACAAAUAUUGCAACUUGAUAGGGAGUGCCGUUUUAUCCGUCAAUCACAUCUUUGCCUUUAUGACAUAUCUGCAUUGCGGCUUACCUUUCGAAACAGUGGCAAAAAUGGUCAUUCCUCAGCGAAAGCUGAAGGUAGUAGAGAGCACAACUGAUGAUUCAAGAAGCAACUCAUAG